AUGCGGCUUCGGCUGCUGGCCAUGGCGGAUAUAAAGGCCAUAUUCAUGAACCUCAUUUACCCUCGUGUCAAAAUAGCGCUUGUUGGAGUGGAAAAAAGCAGCAAGUCUCAGGAGGAUAGCUACAUUUUUGGCAAUGAACAGCUAAUGAAUGACAUGACUUCCUUAGAUCUGCUUCGACAGUACGUAAGUGGAAAUUUGGAACACUAUGGCCAUCCGGAUGUAGUGCUACUGCUGACAGGGCGCGACGUUUACGAGACUAAGUACGGCGGCAUAAACAAAAAGAUUGCGGGAAUUGCGUAUGAAGGUGGCGUUUGCACCGACAGGCGUGUUGCGCUAGCAGAAGACUCUCCGGGUGCGUUCAGUGGUGUCAUCGAAGCAGCGCAUGAACUCGGACAUAGCCUGGGAGCUUCGCACGACGGAACGAAACCAAACAAACAUAUAAAAGGUCACCCUGGUUCGCUGGAUUGUUCGCCUUCAAGCGGUCGCUUAAUGACAUACAUCGAUGGUGGAUACCUUCGAUAUAAAUUCUCCGAGUGCAAUGAAAAGGAAAUUCGUCACGUGCUUCGGGCCAUUGCACCACAAGAAGCCAGCAUUCGUGUCAGGGAUUUCAUCAUAUUGGAAUACUUUGCUCGCACAUUUACUGCUUCAGCCAUUUGA